UCGUAUCCGAAUCUGUCAAAACGACGAUAGAUAAAUUUAGAGUCCCCGAGACAACUUUUUCCGGGAGAAAAGUGCAUAUAUCCGCUAAAUUAAACCUAAAUUUAACUCAAAAACAAUCUCCGCCAAUUUACAACAAUCCUCCCAAUCCCUCACCAAAUCUAAAUCACUUGUUUUGGGGUCUGGAUCUUAAAUAUUGAAUAAAGUUUAAGAAAUAACAAAAAAAAAAAACCUUUAGUGUUUUGCAUCUUUCGGCAAAACGCGCGUUUAUGAGGCAUUGGUGUUAUACCAAUGUUGUCACUUCUUCAAAUGAAAUUCCGAGCGUUCUUGGUCGUAAUAUCAAAAGUAUGGACGUGCAUUUGUUUUAUGUUCAAUCGGCAAAUCCGUGCUUUUGUACAGUAUCAACCAGUGAAGUAUGAGCUCUUCCCACUAUCGCCGGUGUCGCGGCAUCGUCUCAGUAUUGUCCAAAGGAAAACCCUAGUACUUGAUCUGGAUGAAACUCUGAUACACUCGCAUCAUAAUGCUAUGCCAAGAAAUACAGUCAAGCCAGGAACACCGCACGAUUUCACAGUUAAAGUAACAAUUGACAGGCAUCCGGUUCGAUUUUUUGUGCACAAAAGGCCACAUGUGGACUUUUUUCUCGAUGUGGUGUCACAGUGGUAUGAUUUAGUGAUAUUUACAGCAAGUAUGGAAAUUUAUGGUGCAGCUGUUGCCGAUAAAUUAGACAAUGGCCGCAAUAUACUUCGCCGGAGAUACUAUCGACAACAUUGUACACCUGAUUUUGGUUCAUAUACCAAAGACCUGUCAGCUAUAUGUAACGAUUUAAAUAAGAUAUUUAUCAUAGACAAUUCACCAGGAGCAUAUCGUUGUUUUCCAAACAAUGCAAUACCAAUAAAAAGCUGGUUCUCAGAUCCAAUGGAUGUUGCGUUGUUAUCGUUAUUACCACUUUUGGACGCUUUAAGAUUUACAAAUGACGUUCGUUCAGUUCUUUCGCGAAAUUUACAUUUACAUCGUUUAUGGUAGCAGGUUAACAAAUUAAAAAUUUGGUGCUGUGACACUUAAACGAAUUUUCGUUUUUUUUUAUUUUUUUAAAGCUAAGAAUGAUAAUAUAUAAAAAAAAAACUUAAAAAAUAAUUUUUGUUCGUAUUUUUAAACAAUAAAAAAAACAUAAUUUUUAUUUUUAAACAAUACAUUGCCGUUAAUGUUUAUUUUACACAUAAUUUUGUUAUUAUUAUUAAUUAAAAAAAGAAAAAUUGUUUAUCAAAUAAAUUUAUUUUCGAUGUAGUAUAUUUUUUUGUUUGGGCAUUCUCAUGUUUCAAACAUUGACUUUAUUUCUUUUUUUGAUUUGUUGUAUUUAGUUGUUCUUUUAUAAUGUUGUAUGUUAAUGUAUACAAAAUAAUAAAAAUAUAUUAAGAGUAUUUACAAAACAACACAAAAGAAAAAAUGUUUACUUUCGAAUAACAAAAAAAAAAAAAGAAACAAAAACAAAUCAACAAUAACAAAAAUGUGUAAGAAUAUUUAUUUACAAGAACUGUUUUUUGAUUGAGGUGUAACUUUAACACAUAAUCAUUUAAUUAUAUUAUAAUAUUAAUAAAUAUACAUAUAUUUAUAUGUAUUUAUAUAAAUUCAAUUAAUUUUAAGCCAAGGAAAUCGAACAGAAAAGUUAAAUAGAAACUCGGUUAAGUAUGGAUUCACUGGUUUGACAAUUUUGUAAAUAUUGUUUUGUUUUUAUUUUUAAUAAAAAAAUAUCUUCAUUUUUGUUUGUUACUUCAUAAUUUAAUAAUGUGUUUCUUUUUGUUUGUUUUCAUUUAGAACUUCAAAUAAAUAAAAAAUAAAACAGCAAUAAAUCAUUUAAUUGAAUCUAGUUAGAAUUUAGCAAAAAAAGCGAUACAAAAGGGUGUUAAGAUUAUCCACAGUUCGACUGUGCUGACUUAGAACAAUACAAACAAACAAAAACACACACACAUAAAAGUUAUAAAUAAAUACAACACACUUACAAUAAAAAACAAUAAAUUAUUACCAAAAAAAAGAAAAACAAUAAAAUAAUUAGUGGUAAAUUGAGAAGUUUUAAAUUUGUACUCUUGUAUUCAAUCGAUUAAGUGAAUGGAAAUCAAAUGCAUUGUUAAAGUAUUUUAAGACAGAAAUUCCGAAAAAAACAUGAACAAAAAUGUUGUACUAAAGUAUGAUAGUAAAAAUUAUAUUUAAAAAAACAAA